AUGGAGUCACAAUCCACGAUCCCACUGAUCAUCGAUGGCCAAGACAUCCUAUCCUCUCUCAAGGAGAGACAGGGCACAGUCGCAAACCAACACCCUGGUGGUCCCGGUUUCUACCAGGGUGCUACCAGAGACCUGGCCCUUCAAGCAGUACAAUCCAGUGCGAAGGCCUUCCCAACAUGGUCAAAAACUACUCCGAUUGAGCGUCGAACCCUCUUCUUCAGACUAGCCCAGGUUCUGAGAGACAGGGCCGAUGAGAUCAAAAGCGUGUGUUGCCAGGAAAUCCACUGCGGACCACUGUGGGCGGACAUUAUCACCAACGACAGCAUUGGCCUGAUCGAAGAGUACGCGGCGCUCAUCACCAGUGUGGCAACAGGGUCGAUUCCGUACAUCCAGCAAGGCUAUGGCAUGGUCCUGAAAGAACCGCUGGGAGUGGUUCUUGGAAUCGCCCCCUGGAAUGCGCCGAUCAUCCUGGGCCUUCGGUCGGUAGUGGCCCCCAUUGCCGCAGGCAACGUUGCCAUCUUGAAGGGCUCCGAGCUUAGCCCGCAGACUCACUACCUCCUCGCUUCCCUCUUCCGCGAGGCGGGCUUCCCCCCCGGGGUUCUAAAUUUCCUGCUCCAUCAACCGGAAGACGCACCGGAGAUCUUUGACGUUCUCAUCACUCACCCGGCCAUCAAGAAAUGCAACUUCACUGGCUCGACGCAGGUCGGUCGGAUCAUCGCAUCCCAGGCCGCCAUGGCACUUAAGCCGGUGUUGUUGGAGCUCGGAGGCAAGAACUUCACGGUGGUGCUCGACGAUGCGGACCUGGAUCUCGCGGCUAGGGAGAUUACAAAAGGUGCCUUUCUCAAUAACGGUCAAAUCUGCAUGUCCACAGAUAUGGUCUUGGCCACGACCGCGGUGGCCCCGGAUCUCGAGGCCCGAAUACUGGCCAUCUUGCGUGAGAUCGAGACUGCGCCAAUGGUCAUUUCUCCGGCGGCGAAAGCCAAAUUGGCGAUGCUGGUCUCUGACGCACAGGACAAGGGCGCUAGAAUCCACACUCCUCCCAAGGCCAUUGGCAAUACACCGCAGAGCUUUCCUCCGACCGUGGUAACGGGGUUGACUCCGGCGAUGAAGCUGUACGAGAUCGAGUCCUUUGGUCCGGUCGUCGGGAUUGUUUCACUUGAGACCGAGGAACAGAUUGUCUCCGUCAUCCAGCAAGCCAAGUACGGCUUGUCUAGCUCAAUCAUCUCGCGAAACCACUAUCGUGCUCUGGAACUCGCGGGGUCUAUCAAGGCCGGGGCGGUGCACAUCAACUCUAUGACCGUGCAUGAUGAGCCAACUCUGCCGCAUGGGGGGUACGGGGAUAGCGGCUGGGGUCGCUUCGGCGCUCGGUGGGGGCUAGAGGAAUUCGUCCAGACGAAAGUCGUGACUUUGCAUCCUUAG